UCUCUACCUUCAUCUCUACCUUCAUCUCUACCUUCAUCUCUCAUCCUUCCCGCGUUUGAAUUCUUUGUAUUCAACUUUGUGUUCUUAGUUUCUCACUGCCUGAGAACAUUUCGGAGAAACUGCAUAUUCCGACUAUCAGUUCUUCGCAUUUUCCAUCUCCUUCACCUGCGUUUUGAAUUGCUUGAACUUGUUGUUGUGGGAAUUCGGAAUCCCUACUACCCGAGAAUGUGGAGAAACAUUGUCAAAAGAGCUGCUUCAAGGAGGGAUACGUUCUUCUCCAGAAAAGUUAUUGAAGACUCUAUCUUUGUUGAGGAAAUUAGAUCCUCCAGGACACUCGGAAGCUUGAAAUCAUGUUGCCUGUUAGAGGGCUCUCGUGGAAUCAGCUUUUUCCAUUCCCGUGAAGUUGGGUUUGCGAAAUCCAAUUUCGCACAUUCAAGCGAUCCCGUAGCUUUUUAUGGGGUUCUAAACCAUGCCAAUGGCUACGCAACUGCUGCGGAGGCUGCCAUUUCCGAUGAGGACUUAUCAGGGUCGGAAGAAAUUCAGGAAUUGAUGGAGGAACUAAGCAAACAAGAUAAGGUGGAGUCUCACUUUAAGCAGCCUAAGAAAAUGGUGGAUGGAAUGAGGGUAGGUAAGUACAAUAUUCUACGGAAGAGACAGAUAAAGAUGGAGACGGAGGCUUGGGAAGAGGCUGCCAGAGAGUAUCAAGAGCUAUUAACGGAUAUGUGUGAGCAGAAGUUGGCGCCCAAUUUACCUUACAUGAAGUCUUUAUUCCUUGGUUGGUUUGAACCCUUGCGUGAUGCAAUUGCUGCAGACCAGGAGUUUUGCAAGAAGAAGAGUAGAGUGUCUCAUUUUGCUUAUUUUGAUCUUCUGCCGGCGGAUAUGAUGGCUGUGAUUACAAUGCAUAAGUUAAUGGGGUUGUUGAUGACUAACAGUGGAGGAAACAGUAGUGUCAGGGUAGUCCAAGCUGCUUGUCAGAUAGGAGAAGCCAUUGAACACGAGGUUAGAAUACACAAGUUCUUUGAGAAUAUGAAGAAGAAGAAGAGUAAUGAAAAAACUACUGAAGGAGACACUGAACCUGUGGUUGAAGACCAGGAGAAAGUGGCCAAAGAACAAGACAAAUUGAGGAAAAAAGUCACCAACCUGAUGAAAAAACAGAAGUUGCGGCAAGUUAGGAUGAUAGUCAAGGAACACGACCAUUUAAAGCCUUGGGGCCAGGAUGCGCAUGUGAAGGUUGGUUGUCGUUUGAUUCAGCUAUUGAUUGAAACAGCGUAUAUUCAACCUCCAAUGGAUCAGUUAGGAGGGGGUCCUCCUGAUAUUCGUCCCGCAUUUGUCCAUACUCUUAAAACCAUCACAAAAGAAGCACAAAAGACUAGCAGAAGAUAUGGUGUUAUUGAAUGCGAUCCACUUGUUCGCAGAGGCCUGGAGAAAACUGCAAGACACAUGGUCAUACCAUAUAUGCCUAUGCUGGUGCCUCCCCUUAAUUGGACAGGGUAUGAUAAAGGAGCACACUUAUUCCUACCAUCAUAUGUUAUGCGAAUACAUGGGGCAAAGCAGCAACGUGAAGCAGUUAAAAGGGUUCCAAAGAAACAACUAGAGCCUGUUUUUGAGGCACUUGAUACGCUUGGAAGAACCAAGUGGAGGGUGAACAAAAGAGUUCUUAGCAUUAUUGACAGGAUAUGGGCCAGUGGCGGUCGUCUUGCUGAUUUGGUUGACCGUGAAGAUGUUCCUCUACCAGAGGAGCCAACUGUGGAAGAUGAAGCAGAAAUUCGAAAAUGGAAGUGGAAACUCAAGGCUGCAAAAAAAGAGAAUAGUGAGAGGCAUUCACAGCGGUGUGACAUUGAGCUUAAGCUUGCAGUGGCCAGGAAAAUGAAAGAAGAGGAGGGCUUUUACUAUCCUCACAACUUAGAUUUUCGAGGUCGUGCAUACCCAAUGCAUCCACAUUUGAAUCAUCUUGGUUCUGAUAUGUGUCGAGGAAUUCUAGAAUUUGCGGAGGGACGGCCACUUGGCGAGUCAGGGUUACGCUGGUUGAAGAUACAUUUGGCAAAUCUAUACGCUGGUGGUGUGGACAAGUUAUCUUACAAGGAUCGAAUAUCAUUUACUGAGAAUCAUUUGGAUGAGAUUUUUGAUUCGGCAGACAGGCCUCUAGAAGGAAAUCGUUGGUGGUUGGGCGCAGAGGAUCCUUUUCAGUGCUUGGCAGUGUGUAUUAAUCUCUCAGAGGCUUUAAGAAGUCCAUCGCCGGAAACAACUCUUUCCCAUAUGCCUGUACACCAGGAUGGUUCCUGCAAUGGCUUGCAACACUAUGCAGCUCUCGGGAGGGACAAGUUGGGAGCAGCGGCAGUUAACCUUGUAGCAGGAGAUAAGCCCGCAGAUGUGUACUCAGGAAUUGCUGCCAGAGUUCUUGACAUAAUACGAAGUGAUGCAGAGAAAGAUCCUGCAACUAAUCCAAAUGCGUUGCAUGCUAGACUUUUAAUCAAUCAGGUGGAUCGUAAACUGGUGAAACAAACAGUCAUGACAUCCGUGUAUGGUGUCACGUAUAUGGGUGCACGGGAUCAGAUUAAGAAAAGGUUGAAAGAACGAGCAUCCAUUGCUGAUGAUUCACAAUUAUUUGCAGCUUCUUGCUAUGCAGCUAGAACUACCUUGACUGCCUUGGGGGAAAUGUUUGAAGCAGCAAGAAGUAUCAUGAGCUGGCUUGGUGAAUGUGCAAAGGUAAUAGCUUCAGAAAAUCAGCCAGUUCGAUGGACAACUCCUCUUGGACUGCCAGUGGUACAACCUUACCGGCAACUAGGAAGACAUCUUAUCAAGACUUCCUUGCAAGUGUUGGCUCUACAACGAGAAACUGACAAGGUCAUGGCUACGCGUCAGAAAACAGCUUUUCCUCCAAAUUUUGUACACUCCCUUGAUGGUUCUCAUAUGAUGAUGACUGCUGUCGCCUGCCGAAGGGCAGGCCUUAACUUUGCAGGUGUCCAUGAUUCCUAUUGGACCCAUGCAUGCGAUGUUGACGUAAUGAACAGGCUACUAAGGGAGAAAUUUGUUGAGCUAUACGAGGCUCCUAUUCUGGAGAAUUUACUGAAAAAUUUCCAAAAGUCCUUCCCCACUUUAAAGUUUCCGCCCUUACCCGAUCGGGGAGACUUCGAUCUCAAGGACGUCCUGCAAUCUUCCUAUUUCUUCAAUUAGUGCAGCCUAGAUACUUCAGUCGGAUGCUCUUUCUCAUAUGUGCUACACGUCUGUGGCUGACAUACAGUCCUGUCUACGACUCUUGAAAUCAGACUCUGGAGGCGAGUUUGCUACUUCGAGGUCAGUGCUGUCCAGCUACUUGUACAUAACACAUUCUCCAACCAUUGGUAGUCUAAAUCUUGGAACUUGGGAGUUCAAUCUGCCAUUCACGUAUUCAACUUUUACCUUACAAAAUAAAGAUAGGUUAUAUUUGGAAGCUACGGAAUUUCUACCUUCAUUGUACUCUGAUCCGGACUUAAGUUCUGACACUGCAAUCAAUUAGAGGUUCAGCGAUGCUGAGAGACAUGGCUUUCAAAGUGUGAUCAAUGAAGUAAGAUCUCGGUGUAAUCUCCCAAAGAUCAGUUGGAGUGUUGCCAUUUAGUUUUCAUAGGAUCAUGGCUUAACUUCAUGACAAAAGGAAGAAUGGGCUGCUGAGAAGAAAGUCGUGGUGCAUACUCAUACCAUAGCGAGGUAUUGCAGGUUGUUUCAUUCCCAAAAAUAAGGAAAAAUGAAGAAGAUUGUUGUUCUAGAAAUACCAGUAAAUUUUAGUCUAUGCCGAUUGUAUUCAAUUUUUUAAACAAGGCUGACAUUGGAUGACGACUCUAUAUAGUACUGGGGAUGGCUGGCAUUCCCUUG